AACGCCAUGGAGUACGGAUACCUGAGCGGCGCCGGCGGCGGCUUCGAAGGAGGAUGUUUGGGCUCGGGCGGCGGCGAGCUGUCCUGGGGCGAGCUGGCUUCGUGCGGCCAGAUGUCUCAGGCGGCCUACCGAUACCAAGGCAUGCGCUACCAGCCUCCGCCACCACAGUGUGCGCGCCCGCAGGACGCUGCCAUGCGAAACCAUCACAUCUUCCCGCCAUCCAUGAAUUUGCAACCCGGCCUCCCGUACAAAGUGUACGGCGGUCACGAGGGUUCGCUGACGGAGAAGCGCAAGCAGAGAAGAAUAAGGACCACAUUCACGUCAGCUCAGCUCAAGGAGCUGGAGCGAGCCUUCCAGGAGACGCACUACCCUGACAUCUACACGCGAGAAGAGAUCGCCAUGAAGAUAGACCUUACCGAAGCUAGGGUGCAGGUGUGGUUCCAAAACCGGCGUGCGAAAUUCCGCAAGCAGGAGCGCCUUGCUCAGCAGAAGGCAGGCGAGGCACCCGUGAAGGCGGAAGGCAAGCGAGACAAGCCGACGUCACCGGCUGCCUCGCCUCACCCACCAUCUGCGCCGGCGCCGCAGCCCGCGCACCACGCGCUGCCUCAUCUCUCCCCGCCAGACCUCAAGCCUAUCACCUCGGCAGCGAACAAAUUAUGCGAGGAGCUGAACGGCGUGGGAGGUGACGUGGGCCUGCCGCCGGUGAGCGGCAGCGGAGGCGGCAAGUGGACCGGCGGCUGCGGCCUGCUGCGCCAGCCCUCCGGGUUCCCACUCCUCGGCGUGGCGCCCCCCAACUAUCUGCUGUCCGACCACCUGGGCACGCUCGCCAAAACGAACAACCAUCUUUUCUAAUGGGCGUAACAGCGUCGCCUUGAGCCACCGUCCGUGCCGCGACGAGCCCGCGGGGAGCGCGCCGCUGUCACUCCUGCACCGCGACACACCUGCUCUCCUCCGUACCUCUUGCAUUCCCAUAACAUUCCACGUUACAUUGUGCCAAGUGAAAACUUUCUAAAGUGAUAACCUUAUCGACGAGAUACGAUAUUAAUUUCGAUUGCGCGUAAACAUUCCAAGUGCCAAUUCGUGUCCAUUAUAGUAUUAUUGUCGCAAUAAUGAACUGUCUAAAUAAUUUUUAGAUAUAUUUAUUGUAACAAAGCAGUUGAACGUACAAGUUGCCUGUUAUUAUGUACACGGGUGUUUAGUUUUAGAUAGUUUACGAUAAUGAAGUUUUGUGUGAUACGACUGUAAAUAACAUUCCCAUUGUAUACGUUUAAUAAAGGUAUACUUAUUCAAUGAAGAAUUGAAGUGAACGGAUAAUAUAAAUUAAUUUUAAAUGUUGUCCUAUAAAAGUAUGAUGUAUUUUAUUCGUCGAUGCCUAAAUGGAAUAUAAAGUGUAUUUAUCCAAAUGAAUCUUAAAAUAAUUCCGCAAACUGUAACGGUUUUGUGUCAAUGUACUUCUAGUCACCGGAACAUUAGGAUUAUGUUAAAGAAAUUAUUAUUUAUUGAUUAAGUGCAUAGAUUAAUAGUUUGAUAACAUAGCCAACAUACCGGAGUUGGCGACAAGCGAUGUAAAUAUGUAAUAAAUAAACGAUUUGUAAAUACUAGUCAAUAAUAGUGGUGUACCCGAGUGUAUGUAAUUAUUGAUGAGUUUGUGGAGGGUGUUUUAAUAAAGCAAACAAUAAAUCGUC